AUGUUAAUUCAUGUGAAGAGCCUUGCCGAUCAUCAUUCUCCAGACUUAAAUUUUAAGCUCUCCCAGUCUGAAAUGGAUUACCUUACCACCUACCUUCCUGGGCAAGAUGUGCAGUGCCUCAGACAUGCCCGCGCAAUGACGAGAUCACGGGCGAAUCGCCGCGGCCGUCCACCAACCAGGUUGCGCCGACCGGGGGAGGAUCUGCAAUCCUGCAUUUUUUGCAUCAGCAUUAAGGUUGAUAAGGUUGAUCGUGAAUUUUCGAUCAAGCUGCGCAUGGUAGUGGGAAGGGAUGAUCAACUGCCAGACGAGCGCCUGAUGUGCAACGAUGGCAGGCAUGCGGCGCAACCGAGCUGGAAUUGCAACGCUGAGGAUUAUUAUACGGAGUCUCCGCCUACGUCAACUGUUACGGUCGCAUUCUGGAGAAGAGCCAACAGCAGGCGCGAAAUUAAGUUAUUAUGGUUGUUCGGAUCGCCAAGCCAAGAUCCGCCUGGAUUCCCCGUCAUCCAAUCACGCCCUCCGGCCAACGCUGUAACUUUAAAUCAAAAAAAUCUGUCCAGCGCAGCUUGCUCUGUUCAGCGUGAAUUCAGAUUAAUCCCAUCUGGACCAGUGAUCGAUAUGAAUCUCCAAAAUGGAAAGAAAUGUGAGAGGCAAAACAUCCCUAACCGGAUCCAGAUGCUGGAGAUGAGACAAACUGGGGUAGCUACCAAGAAGAUCCUUGCAGAGCUGAAUCGCAGACACCAGACACCUAAUCAGGAGGCUGAUGUUACAGCCUCCAUUCUGGCUCCAGAUUGGCAGCUCCACAGGAUGCCAGGUUCUGCUGAAUACAACACUGUCGGGACGCACCACAUGGCGGCUUUCCCGAGUCAUCCGGCUGGAAGCUGA